CGCCAGCUGGGAGCUCUGCCCUGUUCUGGCAGGGAACUGGGAUUUCCUUCACUGGGCUCACAGCAGGCAGGACAUGAGCUCAGGUGCAUAACAUUUCCCUGUGAAAGAACUCGCUGAAGCCAAAUUUCCUACCUCCAGCCACCUGCUGUUACUUCAAGGACUGGACAGAAAACUCCUGUUCUCUCCUGUCUGUAUUUGCCUUUAACAUACUCAUGUAGUGCAGAGAGAUGUGGAGAAGCUGCUUAAAACAGAGGAAAUAAAACUUGUCUGCUGUACUGCUGCACUGCAAGGACCUGUGCUUACAGCAGGAACCACAGAUGAGAAUUUUCUCCUUACUGCAUAUUUCAUAUCUCAACACCAAUGAUUCACAGCGUGUUUUAUUUGAAUUCAGCUUCUGCUAGUGAACAGAGCUAUUUUUAUGUACCAAAUUUUCCUCUGCUGAGACCAAAGAGGAAUUUGUAAAAGUUAGAAGGAGGGAUUUGGAAAGGCUGACAACUGAAGUUAUGCAACUGCGGGAUUUCUUACCCAAAAUAGUAAAUGGAGAUAUCUUGGGGACAUUCCAGAAGCUGGAUGCUAUUGAAUCAAACCUGGAGAAAAAGGAGGAGGAAAUAGAGCAGCUGAGAAUGGAUUGUGAACACUACAGAGCCCGUCUGGAAACGGCCCAGGCAGAUUGCAUGAGAGAAAAGAAGGAGAAGCUGGACCUGCGGCAGCAGCUGAGUGAGGCCAAGCAGCAGCUCCUGCAGCAGGCAGAGUAUUGCACAGAGAUGGGAGCAGCCGUGUGCACCUUGCUCUGGGGGGUGUCCAGCAAUGAGGAGGCUGUGAAAUCCAUUCUAGGAGGAAGUAAAGCAGUAAAGUUUUUCACAAUCACUGCCCAGACCAUGGAGAGCUUUGUGAAGUCAUUAAGUGAAGACAUGAAACAGCAGGAUUUGGAUUCUGAGGAAAAUCAGUUUGUAUUAGCUUUGGCAGGGAUUGUAACAAAUGUGGCUGCGCUGGCGUGUGGCCGUGAGUUCCUGGUCAGUUCCAGUCGGGAAUUACUGGACACGAUGAUGCAUCUCCUGGGAGACAUGAAGCCAGGACUCUGUAACAAAUUUAAAGUGCUAAUGCUAAUGUCACUUUACAAUGUGAGUAUCAACUUAAGAGGCUUGAAGUACAUCAGUGAAAGUCCAGGUUUUAUUCCCCUGCUUUGGUGGCUGUUGAAUGACCCCGACACAGAGGUCUGCCUGCACGCCCUGCGCCUGCUGCAGUCGGUGCUCCUGGAGCCGGAGGUGUUGGCCAGGUCGGGCGCCGAGGUGCGCGAGACGCUGCCCUUCCAGCGCAUCGUCGCCCUGUCCCAGAGCCGCAAUGCAGAGCUGCAGGCGCUCGCUAAAGAACUCCUUGAGGAUCUUAAAAUAUUUGAGUACGAAGCAUAGAAGAGCUCUACGACACCAAAUGCUUACGUCUUUCCUAUAUUUUUAUGCUGCAAGAGUUGUUGGAGAUGGGCUUGACUGAAAAAAACCCCUCUGCCUGAGUUCCUCUGACAGAAUCCUUUUUGGGAAUUCGAAUUAACCCAAUGAAAAUUGUACUUGUUGGGUUUUAGAUGCCCAGAUAAAACCUUGGGUGAUCUGGUAGAGAUGGGACAGGCUUAAUUUCUUUGAGCAGAAUUUUAUUGAUAACGGGUUUCCAAAAUGGUCUGUGGUUAUUUGCUGUCUAGGUGGGGUAAAAUAUUCUCAUUCCUUGAUAACAGUUCAUUGAAGCGGUAAAUAAUCCUUUUGGUCCAUCCUUAGGAAUUAUUGUACUGUGAGAAAAAAUCUGUUGCCUUUUCUAACUCUUCUGUGUCAGAAUGCACCCCAAGUUCCAGUUUUAUUGUUAUUUCUCACUUCUCUCUUUCUGUUGUAAUAAAACAAAACUGAAAUUC